CGUUUGCCCGAGCGGGUUACCAAAUAAGAAUUAUUUAUUUAGAUACAUACAUUAACUAUAAUAUUGUAUUGAAUUAACCUGACGGCUUCCUUUAAAAAAAAGUUGAUCUUCAAAUAAGUACAAGACCAAUUGAAGUGAUUUUUUCUGUUUUAAUUUUUAAAGUGUCUCAAAUGUGUGACAUAAAGUGUUAUAAUUAAAUGUUAAAAGUCUAGAAGAAAGAUUGUUAAAAAAUUCCGAAAAUUGAAAAAUCAGUGUUUGAAAAAAUGAAUCUUCAAAUAUAUUUAAUUGGAUUAGCGUUCAUUGUUGAGCCAGGAUUAGCACAGCGAGGUGUUCGUCAAGCUCCAACUCCACCAAAAAUUCAACCACCACAAACACCUGCAACAACAUCCGCACCUCAACCGACUGUAACGGAGGGUGUUACAAAUCUUGACUCUAAAUCCGGUAAAAAUUGUACAGGACCAGAUCUAAAGGCAGGAUUUUGCGCACCCCUGGCCCAAUGUUCAGAAUUGAUCGAUCGACUUAAAGUAAAUCAAAGAAAUGAAACAUUCGCAAAAUUUUUGAGGACAUCCAAUGAAAAAUGUGAGAGUCAAUAUUCAGUGGUUUGUUGUCCAAGUGGAGUUCAAGUUGCCACUCCUACGGUAACAUUUCCAGAGAACGUAGAUGAGAUUCCACGGAAGCUACCAACAAUGGCCGAUGGCUGCGGAUUUGUCAAAAAUGUACAUCGAAAAAUCGUUGGUGGUGCUGCAAGCAAAGCUGGCGCAUGGCCAUGGAUUGCAUUGAUUGGCUACGAGGACAAUGGACUAUCUACAUCUCCUUUUAAGUGUGGUGGAGCACUGAUUACAAGUCGGCAUGUCUUGACUGCAGCACAUUGUAUUAAAACAGAUUUGACCUUUGUACGACUUGGUGAGCACGAUCUGAGUAGAGACGAUGAGGUUAAUCACAUUGAUAUUCCUGUUGUCAAGACUUUGAGACAUCCUCAAUAUGACAAAAAUGAUGGCCACAAUGACAUAGCUCUAUUGUAUCUUGAUCGAAAUGUAAAAUUUUCAGACAAAAUUACACCAAUUUGUAUACCAUUUGAGCCACAAUUUCGUUCAAAGAAUUUAAUAGGUUUAAACCCCUUUGUUGCCGGAUGGGGUAAGACUCAAGAGGGUGGAACUUCAGCUAAGAUUUUGCAAGAACUACAAGUUCCAGUUUAUGAAAAUUCUGUAUGCAAGGACUUAUACAAAAAACAAAAUACAUAUUUGUCAGAAAAGCAAUUCGAUAAUGCCAUUAUAUGCGCUGGGGAUUUGGGUGGAGGUAAAGAUACGUGCCAAGGUGAUUCAGGUGGACCACUUAUGUUUCCAGAAUUCUAUCAAAGAGUGUUUCGUUUCCAUUUGAUUGGUAUUGUUUCGUAUGGUAUUGGUUGUGCAAGACCUAUGGUCCCUGGAGUAUAUUCGAGAGUAGCUAAUUUUAUAGAAUGGAUAGAAGCUGGGGUUGCUGAUACACAAAAGUCUAGAAGAAAGAGUGUGGAAAAUUUUGUUAAAAAAUUUCAAAAAUUAAAAAAUCAGUGCUUGAAAAAAAAAAUGAAUCUCCAAAUAUAUUUAAUUGGAUUAGCGUUAAUUGUUGUGCCAGGAUUAGCACAGCGAGGUGUUCGUCAAGGUCAACAAUGUUAUACUCCAGAAAAUGACAUAGGUCAAUGUUUAACCUUAAGCUAUUGUCCCUCAAUUGCAAAUGUACUAAAUAUUUAUCCAAGAACUGAUGCUGAGCGAUAUUUACGAAUAGCUAAACGAAAUUGUGGAAAUAACAAUUUUCGGGGAGAUCCUGUGGUAUGUUGUGGUGUUAAUCAACAAUUUUUUACUGAACCCACAACAAACACUCCAAGAAAUCCAUUUUUCCAACAAAAUACACCACAAACAACGUUACCUCCAAUUAUUAUAGCUCCAACUCCACCAAGAAAUCAGCGUCCACAAACACCUGCGACAACAUCCGCACCUCAACCGACCGUAACGGAGGGUGUUACAAAUCGCGACUCUAAAUCUGGUAAAGAUUGUACAGGACCAGAUCUAAAGGCAGGAUUUUGCGCACCCCUAGCGCAAUGUCCAGAAUUGAUCGAUCGACUUAAAGUAAAUCCAAGAGAUGAAACCUUCGCAAGAUUUUUGAGGAUAUCCAAUGAAAUAUGUGAGAGUCAAUAUUCAGUCGUUUGUUGUCCAAGUGGAGUUCAAGUUACCACUCCUUCGGUAAUAUUUCCAAGAAACGUAGAUGAGAUUCCACGGAAGCUACCAACAAUGGCUGAUGGCUGCGGAUUUGUCAAUAAUGAAUAUCGGAAAAUCGUUGGUGGCACGGCGAGCAAAGUUGGAGCAUGGCCAUGGAUUGCUUUGAUUGGUUACGAGGACAAUGGACUAUCUGCAUCUCCUUUUAAGUGUGGUGGAGCUUUGAUUACAAGUCGGCAUGUCUUGACUGCAGCGCAUUGCAUUAGAGCAGAUUUGACCUUUGUACGACUUGGUGAACACGACCUGAGUAGAGACGAUGAGGCUAAUCACGUUGAUGUUCCUGUUGUCAAGACUUUGAGACAUCCUCAAUAUGACAGAAAAGAUGGCCACAAUGAUAUAGCUCUAUUGUAUCUUAGUCGAAAUGUACAAUUUUCAGACAAAGUAACACCAAUUUGUAUACCAUUUGAGCCACAAUUUCGUUCGAAGAAAUUGAUAGGCUUUAACCCAUUUGUUGCCGGAUGGGGUAAGACUCAAGAGGGUGGAACUUCGGCUAAGAUUUUGCAAGAACUACAAAUUCCAAUUUAUGAAAAUUCUGUAUGCAAGGACUUAUACAAAAAACAAAAUACAUAUUUGUCAGAAAAGCAAUUCGAUAAUGCCAUUAUAUGUGCUGGGGAUUUGGGUGGAGGUAAGGAUACGUGCCAAGGUGAUUCAGGUGGACCACUUAUGUUUCCAGAAGAUUAUCAAAAAACGAAGCGUUUCCAUUUGAUUGGUAUUGUUUCGUAUGGUAUUGGUUGUGCAAGACCUAUGGUCCCUGGAGUAUAUUCAAGAGUGACCAAUUUCAUAGAAUGGAUAGAAGCUGGCGUUGCUGAUACACCGUAGAUAUUAAGACAAAAAAUGUGAUUACUAUACAUAAUUUAACUGAGCGAACAAAAAUUAAAGUGAUUGUUUUUUUUUUGUACUU